UCUACAACAGAAUCCCAACAACAAUCUACCACAGAAUCUCAAGAACAAUCCACUACAGAAUUUCAAGAGCAAUCGACUAUAGAAUCUCAAGAAUCGACUACAGAGAAACGAGAAGAAUCUACAACCGAAUCAAAUGAAUCGACUUCUGUAACUACAGAACCUUCGAUGGUGACACCUUGCCCCAUUGGAAAUUUAACUGACGAACAAAUAACUCUUGUUUGUCCCACAGGAUUCCGUAGACAUCCACGAUAUUGCAAUUUGUUUUACCAAUGUACCAAUGAAGGUAAUAUGGAGAUCAAGGUUCUCGUUUUAAGUUGCCCCGAAAAUACAGUUUUUGACGAGCACAAGAUUCAAUGUCUCCCUGAAAAUGAAGUCAGUCAAGGUUGUACCGGUCUUCGUGCUAAUGCUAGAUUCUAUAGAAAGUUGGAAGAAAAUUCUAUAACACCAGUAAAAGUCUCAUCACAACCUUUAUGUCCUGACGUUGGACAUUAUCCAUAUCGGCAGGGUUGCAGCAAUACAUUUUAUAAAUGCAAACGGGAUAGCAGAAAUAACUUGCAAGGAUAUUUUUACAAGUGUCCUGUGAAUUUCAUUUACUGGUCGGUUUCCAGAAGAUGUGAACGUGCUACUCGUUUACCUAUGUGCACACAUUUAGCAUUUAGGAAGAAUGAUUUCUGGGACAGUCGAUGGCAAUUACCAGUUGAAGAUGUCAAUCUUUCUGCAAGAGCAUUGCGUCUUUUUUAAACCAUUAGCUAAUGAUAAACUUCCUUUGUAAGUUUCCAAGAACAGUAUGAAUCCCUCAGGUUACAUGCGAAACUUGUCACGAGAAAAUAUUCUACAAAUCUUGCAUGUAAAAGUGAAUGAGUCAAUUAAUUCGACUUCGUCAACAUGGCUGCCAAAGAUCGUGAUAAACAUUCGAUAGAUCUUCGGUAGCCAUCUUGAAACGAUUUAUGUUCGUUCCAAUUUCUACACUGAAACUGAUAAUAUAUUGUAAUUAUAAUCGGUUUCAUAUAGCUUAAUUAAUUUAGUUAGAUAAAACCAUUCAUAAUUAUCAUCGAUCAUAACUCAAAUCAUUGUGGCGUACAAUCUUUACUGACGACUGUGUCGAAUAUUUUCGACAAGAGAUCAUAAAUGAUAAAUGGGGUUUUGGUUGCGGGACUUGUAUGCAAUACAUGA